GACUUCACAUGAUCUUACAUAUACUGUCUACUCGUCUGAUGUAUCACAGACCUACAUGUCCAGUCACGUGGUUCGAACAAGUUUGUAUCAAAUAUUAAGGCGUAUGUCCCAUACACAUCACUGGACAAUUUAAGUUAACGUUGGCUACUGUUGAACUGAGUUGUAACAGCCGACUGCUGUCGAAAAACAGUCAAACAUGGGUGUAUUUGGAGCUGCUAGUAUGCCCUUUAUAGCUGGCGUGGCCCUUUUAGGGAGCGCAAUCCUCCAUAUUGUGUGUUUCAUAUCCCCUAACUGGGCAAACGAUGGAACCCAGUCCCUGGGGCUGUGGCGAUAUGGGAAAUGUAGGGAGCCAGGAUUCCAAAAUUGUUACAAGCAUGAUCAUGUGGAUACACAAUUAAAAGACUGGUUCCUGGUGGUGCGGGCCAUGAGUUGUCUGGCUGUGAUUGGUCUGUCCCUACCCCUCGUUAUUCUGCCAGUCUACAUGUAUAUCGCCCUCGGCAUGUACUACCGUAGGAUGAUGGCCUUCAUGUCAUUCUGUAGCAUCAUGGCAACCCUCACCAUAGCGGCCGCGGUAGUGGUGUUUGUCAUCGGAGCCACAGACAAGGGUUGGUCCUUAGAAUGGUGUUUCAUCGUCGAAAUCAUCGCCGGUCUCUUUGCUUUCAUUGGCUUUGUGGUUUUCCUGGCGGUGCUUCUGACAAGACGUCCAGCAGGUCUGAAACCAACCUAUUACCCAAGCACCAUUCACGUGGAUCCGGACAAGCCAAAACUGUAUCUUGUGCAAACCGAACCGUACUGACAUUUUUUGUAAUAUCUACAACAUGUAUAGCGCUUAUAUAUGUGUCAUGCCAUAACAAAGAUAUGCGAUACCAAAAUGAUUGAAGAUCAAAACGGUCAUCACACCUACAUGAAAUAAAUACUUUUAGCGUGUGCUACCGUGAACUUCAAACUACUCAUGUAAACAAAAUUGAUGUUUCAUAUGUAUAUAUUUACAUUCGCGUGCAGACGUUUUGGUGAUGGAUUUAAACAAGGUAAAUAUGUACAACUAGUCUUUAUAUUUAGUUUGUUCUGAGAUCACGAAACAUCAAAACGUUUUACUUGUUCAGCUGUACAUUUCCACGUUAGUGAAAUUGGCAACGUCAUAUUUCGUGAAAUAUACAUUGGUAUACGUUUCAGUCGGUGUACACCAAAGCAAAGAUUUAGAGAUACUUUUCUGUGCACGAAGGGAUUAUUUUGGGACAGUUUAUCAAGGAUUUUGGCGGAGUUAUAUGAAAAUGAUUUAUAGCAUAUGGUUGAAGGGUACUGCGACGUCGGACAACGAUGCAUGUUCAUUAGUGGCAAUGCUAUUAAAUAUAUGUCAAAAUACAUGUGUAUAUGAAGAGAACAAGGCCUUUGAUAUUUUCACCGUUUAUCGUCAUAUCUUUCAAUGAACGUGUCUUACUUUCAUUUAUAAUAAUUGUCCAAAGGGCCAAGACAAACUUUAUGGACGAUAAAACACUCGUAAAGGUAUUCUUACCUAACGAUAUUAUGUGAAAAUAUUAUGGCAAUAAUAGACUCUUCCGCCCAUAAAUAUGCCCCUGUGUAAUGCAAAAUAUUCUUGAAUAUAUUUCAGGACAAAUUCCGAUUUCUGCAUAAAGCAGGUGGCUUUUUUCAUAUUACAGCCUGCUUACGACAUGUUAUAGCUUGACAAAGUAGGUCAAAUUUUGAUUUUAUACAAAUUUAUGUAUUUUAUUAAACAUAACGUUGUAAAGUC